AGCGGUGAGAAGGCACGACCGAGGCAUUGCCGCGACUGGUAUGCAUCCUUGUUUUUUUAAUCUAUACCGAGAUCCAUCAGAAACGUAGAACCCGAUCGAAGGAAGCUCUUGGGCCACGCAGGUCUCUCCGACGGUGAUCGCCACUCUUUCGCUCCGGCAGCCACCCGCCGCGGUGCACAGGACGCGUGUCAAGUAUUGCCGUUGCGACGGUUUCCGCUAAAUCCUGGAACUGCCGUACGCUUAGGAGACUAGACAAGUCAGCGCGCUGCGUAAAUCGGGCUAUGGUCGAUUGACCGGGAGGCUGUCCAAGUUCGACAACGAUAACCGUUGAACAUCGCCGGAAACAAUGGCAUUCGGGUGCCCCCACCAGUGUUUCCUUGUCCUGCAGCCCGCCGUUUGUAUCUUCCAUUUGAGUCUGGUAUGUAUGUCCACACAUACAGAACACCGGAAGCGCCAAGCCAUAAAAACCAGCCAAGAUGUCUUUGCGGGAGGGCUAUCGCCAUCGCCGUCGUCUUCCGUCGUCAUGGCCCCCAUCACUCUACCAAUGAAUUUGCAACAUUCGUCGGUCUUUUCGAACAAGUCUGUUAAUCCCGCGCCGCAGUCGGUUCCAGACAUCUGAAAUCUAUGGUAUCGGGAACAG